AUGGGUGAUAUUGAGAAGGACAAGAAUUUUGUUCAGAAAUGUGUCCAGUGUCAUACCAUGGAAAAGGGAGGCAAGCAUAAGAUGGGGCCAAAUCUCCAUGGUUUAUUUGGGCAAAAGACAGGUCAAGCCCCUAGAUUUUCUUACACAGAUGCCAAUAAGAACAAAGGUAUCAUCUGGGGAGAGGAGACACUGAUGGAGUAUUUGGAGAAUCCUAAGAAGUACAUCCCUGAAACAAAAAUGAUCUUCACUGGCAUUAAGAAGACAAGGAAAAGAGCAGACUUGAUAGCUUAUCUCAAAAAAGCUACUAAGGAGUAAUAGUUGGCCAUUGCCUUAUUUAUUACAAAACAAAAAUAUCUCAUGACUUUUUUAUGUGUACCAUAUAAUUGAUCUCAUACACCAGAAUCCAGAUCAUGAAUGGCUGAUAGAAUAUUUCUUUUGGACAGUCCUGACUGAAAUAAGAUACGAUCAGCUUUUCAAACUUUGAUAGUAAUUCUGAUUCUGCAAGUGCUGUCACUGUUUUUCCCUUCUAAAAAUAUGAUUGGAGUUGAUUAGUAGUGUGCAGCUUUUCACAGAGAUCGUAAAUGCCAUCUCUGAACUUACAGGAGAUUGGUUUUAUAUUUAGAUUUAUAUAACUGGUUAUAUUAAUGUAUUUAAAUACUAAGGAAAUCCCUUCACUGUCUUAUAGAACAACGAGACAGCUAUGUUUCACGUUGUGUUCAUUUGCCUGUUAAAGGCAAGGGCUGAAGAUACGCUGGCAAUGUCUACUUUAUCUUUGGUCUUAACUAUGCCAAUUUAAUGAAAAUUCACUGCAUUUAAAAUGUUGCCUUUUGCCUAAUGAAAGGCAUUUUAGUGUGGUUUAUGUAUAAUAUUGAAUAAAGAAUAUUUAACACUUCUCACAUUUUAUAGAUGAUCUGUGAGGUCAGAUGCUUUUAAGAUUCAGUGUGACCAUAUAGCGGCAGACAUGGCUUGUGAAUUCUUUACUAAAUCAGACUAAGUUAAAAUUCGGGAUUGUCUCCUAAACAGCUAUUCAGAAAUAUAACUGUGAAAUUAACAUAUAUGUAUGAUUGGUAAUGGUGCUUUUGCUGACUCAUUAGAAGGGUUAAAAUAGAGAAGAUACAUCAACAGCACAAAUUUGUAAAGUAUGUGAUAAGGCUUAAGAUAAUUGAAAUCACAGAUCAAAAAAAAAUUGGGAGAAAUUAUAAAAAUUAUUUGGAAAGAGAUGUUACAAAGUUAACAGAGGCUUAUCAAAUGUCUUAGUAAUAGUAGUUGUACAGCCAGCUCUUUUAGCUUUAUAUGUAGUGUUUCCUGAUGACUGCCAGGGCAGAAAAGGGGUUAGAGGAAAGAAAAAGCUGGUUACUUGUCACCAACUGGAGUGGGAGAGAGAGACAGAAUGGUAGAAUUCAUUCUGUCUUCCUCUGUAGCUGCUUUUCUUCUUCAUUCUUUCUUAUCUCUCUGCCCAAUUUCCAAGGCUAGAAGUAUAUACAGUGAUGACUGCUACUGACUGAACAUUGUUAGGAACAAAAGCCUGUGAAGAGGUCAGUACAUUUCCUCCUCUAGCGAGAGACACCAGAGCUGUGAUCUACUUUGCAAAGUUGCCUGAAGGGAAGUACAAAUAUCCCAGUCUGAGUUGGGGAGAAAAUCCCAGAUGUACAGGCUGCUUUUUCAUGAGUUUGCAGAUCAUCAUUUUCUGUGCCCUCACUAGUUCUGUUCCCUUCUCGCAGUGGAGGUCACAUGAUGACAUCUUGCCUCGGAAGCCAUUUUUAUCCUUAUGUCGUGUUUGCUCUCUAAAGAUGGCUCUUGGCUGGAUGAUUAGGAGCUUCAAGGUUCAAGGUCACAAUUAAGUUUAGCCCCAGUUCUUGUGUAACAUAGGUGCUUAUGCAAGUAACUGCAUGUGGCUUACUUAAAUUUUAUGUUGAGUGUGUCUUGCCAUUCUUUUUCUUUUUUUUAAGGAUUUUAUUUUUAAGUAAUCUCUACACCCAAUGCGGGGCUCAAAGUCACAAACCCAAGAUCAAGAUUUGCACACUCUACCAACUAAGCCAGCCAGAUGCCCCUGUCUUGCCAUUCUUUUUAGCAAGAAAAGACUAAGGACUGAUCCUACUCCCAACUUUUCUGCAUGUUUUCAGAGUAUAUUUAAGAUAUUUCUUUGACUAGUCAAUAAAAUGUAAUAUUUCUAGCUUUUCUCAAAUCAGAUUUCUGGUGCAUUUUUUAAAUUUUUAAAGAUUUUAUUUAUUAUUUGAAAGAGAGAGGGAGA